AGAAACAGAGAAAGAGAGAGAGAGAAACAAACCUACCAGUCACAUUUUUCUGUGUUCAGAGAGCGAAGUGGAAGGUGGUUCACGUUUUUCCCUCUAAUCUUCCCCCNCCCCCCCCCCCCCCCCUCCGAUUACAGACACUGAGAUUGAACCAUUUGGUUUCUGGGUUCUCAUCAGUUUCUUCUUUAGAGAUCGGUUCACACAAGUUUUGAGAAUUCUCGAUCUGUUUCUUUGUCUUUAUAUAUAUAUGAGCUUCGGUUUUUGAAAAGAUGGAUCUAUCUUCUCAACGACAAUCCCCAAAUGGGUCUAGGGGUUUUCGUCUUCAAGCUCCAUUGGUGGAUUCUGUAUCUUGCUAUUGUAGAGUAGAUUCUGGUCUUAAAACAGUUGUAGAAGCGAGAAAGUUUGUUCCUGGAUCAAAGCUUUGUAUUCAACCUGAUAUCAAUCCCAAUGCUCAUAGGCGUAAGAAUUCUAAGAGGGAGAGGACUAGGAUUCAACCUCCGCUUCUCCCUGGUCUCCCUGACGAUCUUGCUGUCGCUUGUCUCAUCCGUGUCCCUCGUGCUGAGCAUAGAAAACUCAGGCUAGUCUGUAAGAGAUGGUACAGGCUUGCUUCUGGCAACUUUUUUUACUCUCAGAGGAAGCUACUUGGUAUGUCUGAAGAAUGGGUUUAUGUUUUUAAGAGGGAUAGGGAUGGGAAGAUCUCAUGGAAUACUUUUGAUCCAAGCUCUCAGAUUUGGCAGCCGCUUCCACCUGUUCCUAGAGAAUAUUCAGAGGCUGUUGGGUUUGGUUGUGCUGUUUUGAGCGGUUGUCAUCUUUAUUUGUUUGGAGGUAAAGAUCCUCUGAGAGGGUCAAUGAGAAGGGUUAUUUUCUACAAUGCAAGGACUAAUAAGUGGCACAGGGCACCUGAUAUGCUUAGGAAGAGGCAUUUCUUUGGUUGUUGUGUUAUCAACAACUGUUUGUAUGUAGCUGGUGGGGAGUGUGAAGGGAUUCAAAGGACACUACGCUCAGCUGAGGUUUAUGAUCCAAACAAGAACAGGUGGAGUUUUAUUGCUGAUAUGAGCACAGCAAUGGUGCCUCUUAUCGGUGUGGUUUAUGACAAAAAGUGGUUUCUCAAGGGUCUUGGGUCUCACCAACUAGUCAUGAGUGAAGCUUAUGAUCCAGAAGUUAACUCUUGGAGCCCGGUUAGUGAUGGGAUGGUUUCUGGUUGGAGAAAUCCGUGUACUUCUCUAAACGGUCGCCUUUACGGAUUGGAUUGUAGGGACGGAUGCAAGCUCAGGGUAUAUGAUNNNACCGCGGAUUCAUGGAACAAAUUCAUGGACAGUAAAGUUCAUUUGGGAAACUCAAAGUCGCUUGAAGCUGCUGCUCUUGUUCCUCUAAACAAUAAGCUUUGUAUAAUCCGGAACAACAUGAGCAUGAGUUUGGUUGAUGUCUCGAAUCCUGACAAGAACGACCCUCGAGUGUGGGAAAACAUAGCCGUAAAAGGACAGUCCAAGAACAUACUCAGUAAUAUAUGGUCGAGUAUCGCAGGGAGAGCAUUGAAGAGCCAUAUUGUGCAUUGCCAAGUGCUUCAAGCUUGACAAAUGAAACCUGAAAACUCAAUCAAUGGAGUCAAAUUGUUCAGAAGAAACCAACCCACCUUUGACCUUCCAAGAAGAGUGAGGAAGAAGCAAAAUCUGGCUCAAGAGUAAUACCAAUGAGAAUCGUCUUCUUCUCGACAAGAACUCAUGUCCGGUCUUAACAAGAUCAUAUGAGAGACCCAAGAGAGAGCCAAGACAAGUGAGGUGGGUUACAUUUGUUCACCAUUUCUUCUGGUGUUAAAUCUGUGUUAGUAUUUAUUUAUAGGAAUCUCUUUUUAAUUGGUUUUGGCAAAUUGUUAUAGUGUUUUGUUGACAUUUUGUUUUCUGUGAUCUCUGUAAAUCUUAAAUCUUUCGUCUCUUUGAGCAAUAGUUAUAACAACAUACUCUUUAUUA